AUGGUGGAAUGGGAGGAGUGGGAGUGGGAGGAGCAAGUACAAGCCAUGCCCCGUUUGGAGAAACUUGUGCUCAGUAAAUGCAGACUGAGGCAUGUUCCUCCAGGCCUUGCCUCCAAUGCAAGCUCUUUGAAAAUAUUGUGUCUAGAACAUGUCAAGCACCUCAGCUACAUUGAGAGCUUUCCUUCUGUUGUUGAGCUUAGAGUGAAUGUAUGCCUUGACCUAGAGAUGAUCACCAAUCUCCCCAAUCUGCAGAAGCUUACCAUCAUGAAAUGCCCGAAGUUGAAGGUGCUGGAGCAUAUCGCUUCACUCGAGAGGCUGGUCCUGGGGGAUUACGCCAUGGAAAAGCUCCCAGAAUACAUGAGAGACAUAAAGCCAAGGCAUUUCCAGUUAUACUGCAGGCUAUGGUUACUCUUUGAGGUAGCCGCGGGACAAUCUGGCACUGAGUGGGACAAGUUUUGCCAAGUGGAGCAUGUCAAGGCAUAUGCAGGUGAUGUAGGCAACCUAAGAAAAUGGUACGUUUUGUACACGAGAGGUGACAACUGCAAGCUGGAUUCCAAUAUUAGCAACCCUAUUGUAUUUGAAGAAACCUUAUCAUCUUGUAUGGUGGAUACACAAGGAUUUGAGUCUGUGUACAAAAUGAGAAGAAGCACCUUCAGUUACAUCUGCAGCUUGGUGAGGAUCCCAUUUUUCGAAGAUAUGAUGGCAAGGGAUGAUGGGAGAGUGUUGUCUUUGCAAGACAGAGUAGCUGUCGCUCUCAGAGUGCUGAACUCUGGUGACUCACCGGUUACCGUAGGAUCCUCUCUUGGUGUGAAUGAUUCAACUGUCUUGCUGGUAACUCAGGUGUUUGUUGAGGCUAUGUGGGAGCGAGCAUUUCACCACAUCAGCUGGCUUGGCUCCGCUCAAAUGGAGAAGAUGAAGCGCAAGUUCAACAAGAUACACGGCUUGCCAAACUGUUGUGGCAUUGUACAAACAGCUCACAUCACAUUUGGAUCACAAAGCGGUGACCAUGAGGAGAAUGACAGCACGCUAAUGCAAGCCAUGGUUGAUCCAGAUAUCAGGUUCACAAACAUUUGGUUGGGGCCGUCAGGUAGCAUGAACCAAUUGAGCGUUUUGCACGACUCUUGGCUCUUCAAAUCCUGCCAGGAGGGUAUUGUGCUGAAUGGCAGUAAGGUGAAUUUAUCAGAUGGCUUGGAAGUUGGGGAAUACAUUAUUGGUGAUGCAGGGUACCCUCUUCUCCCCUGGCUCCUCACACCUUACUACACGGAAGACAAGGACCCGUCUGCAGAUUUUCCUCCUUAUCAAGCCGAGUUCAACAGGAGACAUUGUUCAGCAUCAACCAUCAUUACUGCUGCACUCGCGAGGCUGAAAGACACUUGGAAGAUCCUGGACAGUGCGCUCGGUUCAUCUCCACCUUUUGCAACAAUCUAUGCGUGCUGCAUACUGCAUAAUAUUGUGAUAGACAUGGAGGAGGGGGAGGAGGAGGAGGAGGAGGAAAUUGCAGGGCUGGAGGAGGAGGAGGAGGAGGAGGAGGAGGAGGAGGUGCGACAGUUAGCGGACGAGGACGCCGUCAGGGUGAGGGAUGUACUGGCCAAGCACUUGAUUGAAUCUAGAGAGGAGGAAAAAGAAGCAGCAGCACUAGUAGUUGCGUCCAGUUCAGGAUAUCAAAACAAGGAGCAGCAUGAUAGCUGA